AUGGGUAGGUCUCCUUGCUGUGAUGAGAGUGGCCUCAAGAAAGGUCCCUGGACCCCUGAAGAAGACCAAAAGCUUGUCAAAUAUAUUCAAAAACAUGGCCAUGGAAGCUGGCGGGCCCUCCCUAAACUUGCAGGUCUUAACAGAUGUGGUAAGAGUUGUAGAUUGAGAUGGACAAAUUAUUUAAGGCCUGAUAUCAAGAGAGGGAAGUUUUCACCCGAAGAAGAGGAUACAAUCCUCAAUCUUCACUCAAUUCUUGGAAACAAAUGGUCAGCAAUUGCAAGCCACCUACCAGGGAGGACCGAUAAUGAGAUCAAAAAUUUCUGGAACACUCAUCUGAAGAAGAAGCUGAUUCAGAUGGGAUUUGAUCCAAUGACUCACCGGCCUCGAACAGAAAUCUUCUCGAGCUUGCCUCAUCUUAUAGCUUGGGCUAACUUAAAGGAGUUGAUAGAUAAUCACUCAUGGGAAGAACAAGCUAUGAGAUUACAGGCAGAAAUGACUAAAUUGCAAUACUUGCAAGGCCUCAUUCAACCCUCAGAUGGUUCAUUUCCAACAAGCCAACCUUCUGGUUUUGACAUGGACACCAUUAAUCUUUUGAACUCACUUUCUUCAAUAAAAGAUAAUAAUAAUAACUCUCCAAAUGGUUUAAACUUAUCACCCCAAUUGGAUAUAGAAGCUGCAGCCUCUCUUCAAUCUCUCAACAACUCAGUCCCUUUCUCUCGUAUGCCAAACUUACAAGUCCCUUGUAGCUUUCAAACACCUCUAAACAAUAAGGAUACAAUUCCAGCGCCUGACCAGUUUUCAGCUGUUACAAUAAACUCACCAAAUUCUCCAUGGCAUCAGCUUGUUCCAUCUUCAACCCGAACGCCAUCUCCUCCUUCCAUAGCUCUACCACCGCCGUUAUCCGACACCCCCAUCAAGUACAACACUUUGGGGGAGGCUUGUGAUACUUCGGUUUGGCCUGAUCUCCUCCUUGAAGACCCUUUGUUUCAUGAGAUUGUUUGAAAGUACUACCAAAGGUUUGAAGUUAAUUUCUACACCACCAACAACUUAAUGUGUAUGAUUAAUAGCUGCUCUAGUCUGUCCAUUUUAUGUAUAAGUCUUCCUCCCUCAUAGACGGCAUGUCAAACAUCUGAUUAUUUUUCUCAUCAAUAUAUGUUAGAUAUAUAUUGCA